AUGCAGCAGGGAACAACGGCGGAAGAACAACUAAUGCAUCGUGCUGUCUUUCCUACAGCUGUUAGGAACGCACAAAGGGAAUCUGCCUUGGAGCAGAAGAAUGAGGAUAAGGAAGAUGCGGAUGAGGAGCUUAGCCUGUCACUGCAAGAGGAGGAGGAGGUGGAAAGAACUAGCUCCUUGAGCAUGCUGGAGAACAAUGUUACUGCCAUCACAGAAUUUUUCCUCUUGGGAUUUCAAGUCAGCCAAGAUUUAAGAAUUUUGCUUUUUUGCCUACUACUCUGGGUUAACUGUUGCACACUAUGUGGAAACCUCCUAAUCAUCACCCUGGUGUCCACCAGCAAGAAGCUCCAGACUCCAAUGUAUUUCUUCAUCUCACAAUUGUCCAUCAAUGACAUGUUAUUGACAACAGUUAUUGUCCCCUUUAUGCUCCACAUUCUACUGAACAAUGGGGGGACCAUUGGUUUUACUGACUGUAUCAUUCAAUUUUAUUUUUUCUGUACUUUGGAAAUAUUUGAAUGUCUACUCCUUACAGUGAUGUCUUAUGACAGAUAUGUGGCCAUCUGUAAUCCCCUCCGUUACUCCUCUAUCAUAACAAGUGAAUUUUGUGUAAAACUACUUAUAUCCUGUUGGUUGGCAGUUUUGUUCAUAGCAGCUAUGGACACUGUAACAUUAUUAAUGUUAAAGUUUUGUAAAAAAAAUGUUAUUGACCAUUUUUUCUGUGAUCUUGUUCCAUUGCUAGAAAUUGCCUGUUCAGGUACUCAGUUUGUGGAGUUCGAAGUUUCUGCACUAGGACCCCCUGUACUUUGUAUCCCGCUCAUAAUAAUAAUAGUGUCAUAUAGUAAUAUUAUUCUCACAAUAUAUAAGAUUCCAUCCAAUAUUAGUAGACGAAAAGCCUUCUCCACCUGUAGCUCCCACCUCAUUGUGGUCUCCAUAUUUUAUUGCACUUUGUUCAGUGUCUAUGUUGUCCCAACAAGUGGGCAAUCAUCGACCAUCAGUAAAGUCCUAUCUCUGAUAUACACUGUGGUGACUCCUUUCAUAAACCCCAUAAUAUACAGUAUGAGAAAUAAGGACAUUAUGAAAGCCAUUAAAGAAACCAUUAGUUGA